AUGAUUGAUCUAGUAAGUUAACCUUUCCUUUUUCAAUUAUUACAGUUUGACAAGGUAGUCAGAAUCAGAGGAGUGAGAGUAAAUAAAUAGUACAGACAGAGUCAGGGCUUCAGUGUGAGGACCCGGGACACACGAAAACCCACGAGGUCUUCUUCACUCUAAAGUGGCGGGAAAACUCGAAGAAGAGAAACCCCACAGGCACAGCACAGCACAGCCCACACGCCAACCAAUACCAAGCCAACUCGCUUGAUCCGACUCACUCAUUUUGUAACUCCACGGAGAUGAGAGAGAAAGGGAAAGGAACUGAGGCUUCCGUCGAGGAGAGGUACACCCAGUGGAAAUCUUUGGUCCCAGUUCUCUACGACUGGCUCGCCAAUCACAAUCUCGUUUGGCCUUCUCUCUCUUGCCGAUGGGGUCCGCAACUAGAGCAAGCUACUUACAAGAACCGCCAGCGUCUCUAUCUUUCUGAACAGACUGAUGGCAGUGUUCCAAAUACACUGGUUAUAGCGAACUGUGAAGUUGUCAAACCUAGGGUUGCUGCUGCAGAACACAUAUCUCAGUUCAAUGAAGAAGCACGUUCGCCCUUUGUGAAGAAGUAUAAAACCAUUAUUCAUCCAGGCGAGGUGAACAGAAUCAGGGAGCUCCCGCAGAACAGUAAAAUAGUGGCUACGCAUACUGACAGUCCUGAUGUCUUCAUUUGGGACGUGGAGGCGCAGCCUAAUCGCCAUGCAGUACUGGGAGCUACAAAUUCCCGUCCUGAUUUGCUACUAACUGGGCAUCAAGAUAAUGCUGAAUUUGCACUUGCCAUGUGCCCAACUGAACCUUUUGUACUCUCUGGAGGCAAGGACAAGUCGGUAGUUUUAUGGAGCAUUCAUGAUCAUAUUUCAACUUUAGGGUCGUCAGACUUAGCAGCCACUAAAUCUCCAUCAUCUGGUGGAACCAAUUCUAAACAUGGGUCUAAAUCUGGCGGGAGUAAUUCUAAACCUACAGACAGCCCUUCUAUUGGGCCACGAGGUGUCUAUCUAGGGCAUGAUGAUACUGUAGAGGAUGUGCAGUUUUGCCCAUCAAGUGCUCAGGAGUUCUGUAGCGUGGGUGAUGAUUCCUGCCUCAUACUAUGGGAUUCUAGAUCUGGCUCUAGUCCCGCUGUGAAGGUUGAAAAAGCUCAUGAUGCUGAUCUUCAUUGUGUUGAUUGGAACCGUCAUGAUGUCAAUCUCAUUCUAACAGGAUCUGCUGAUAACUCUAUCCGAAUGUUUGACCGACGUAAUCUCACUUCUGGUGGUGUUGGAACACCAGUCCAUAAAUUUGAGGGUCAUAAUGCAGCCGUCCUCUGUGUACAGUGGUCACCAGACAAGUCAUCUGUUUUUGGAAGUUCUGCGGAAGAUGGGGUUUUAAAUAUCUGGGAUCUUGAGAAGAUUGGCAAAAAGCAAGAUUCUGCUGGAUCAAAGUUGCCAAAUGCUCCUGCAGGCUUGUUCUUCAGGCACGCUGGACAUAGGGACAAGGUUGUUGAUUUUCACUGGAAUGUAUCUGAUCCAUGGACGAUCGUUAGUGUGUCUGAUGAUUGUGAAAGUACUGGAGGAGGUGGUACACUACAGAUAUGGCGGAUGAUUGAUUUGAUAUACCGACCGGAGGAAGAGGUCCUGGCAGAGCUGGACCAGUUCAAGUCCCACAUAUUGACAUGUGCUUCUUGAUGCAUCUCUGAGCAUGAUAGGUUGGAUGAGGAGUUUUUAAAUUCUAAUUUUUAUUUCUUUCCAUUAUCAGUACUUAUUUGCCAAUUGCAAAACUUCCCAUUUUAUGUUAAAGGAAAAAAAAAAAAGAAGAGGAAUUGGCGGCCAAGGAAAUGAUGAAGAGAACCAGUUAAUACUUGCAACAUCUGAUUCAGUAGCUGUUUUUGGCAAAGUUGGUUUCUGACCCUUUAAGUUAAAGCUAGGUUCAUAUUUAUAGGUGUGAAAAUGGUUGGAGUGUACCUCCUGAUGUGAUUCAGUAAUUGUGAGGUUCAAGUUUGGAGUCUAUCCAGAAAAAGACAUAUAGAUAGAAGGAAUUGCAAGAAAGAAUGAAAGAUUGACUUUGUGUUAAAACAAAAUGAAAGGGUGAAAUUGCUUAACAAA